AUGGAACCUUGCGAGAACCGAUUACAAGAGAAAGUGCAAGGAGAAUAUGGCUUUUUUUGGCAAGAUUAUCUUGAUGCUACAAACAGUGUUGAAGUACCGCAAAUUAUGUUUCCACAUGUGGAGUUGACACUUCAAAGUGGUAUUGAAAUUGGAAUGUCCUUAGAAGUGCCAAUUCCAAAGAAUGCUAAUCAAGAAGGAACCAAAUAUUGGGUGGCUUCUAUUGUAAUGGCAUGUGGACCUUUAUUAAGAUUGCGUUACUUUGGUGGAGAUGACAGAUCAUUAGAAUUUUGGUUCAACCUUACUAAAGAAGCUGCUCAUGAACUGGGAUGGUGUGUGAAGGACAAUAAAAAAUUAGAACCACCUGAUAUUGUACUUCAAAGAUCACCAGAUUGUGUGGAAAAAUUAUCUGAAUUUCUAACAACAGCCAGGACUGUCCCACCAGAAAUGUUAUCAGGAGAUGGUCUAAGUAUGACAGAAAGAAUAAAACAAGGCAUGAAAGUUGAAGUUAGUGAUACAUUACAUCCAUAUAAAUUAUGGGUGGCUACGAUUAUAGAAAAUGUGGGAGGACGUCUUUUAUUAAGAUAUGAUACUCCUGGCUCUUCACAUAAGGAUUUUUGGAUGUUCUGUACAUCAGAACACCUUCAUCCAUAUGGAUUUGCAUCUAAAUCAGAUUCUACAUGGUUCUUAGAACCUCCUAGCUCUAUAGUGGAGAUGCAUACAUAUGAAGAAUGGAAGGACUUGUUAGAAUCUGCUCCAAAAAAUUAUGAUCUUCCAGAAGAAUUAUUUAAUAAUACUAUGGAUCAUCCAAAGCAUGAAUUUAAAGUUGGUAUGAAAUUAGAAGCAUUAAGUCCAAUAGAUCAAAUUAAAAUAUGUCCAGCCACUAUCAUAAAAGUAUUUGAUGACACUUAUUUUCUGGUUCAUAUUGAUACAUAUGAUGAAGUGUCAAAAGGAAUGGAUAUUGAAACAUGUCUGUAUAAUAGUACAGAAAAAAAUACAUGGCUCUGUACAGCAGAACAUCCAUAUAUUUUUCCAGUUGGAUGGGCAAAGAAACAUGACAUCAAAAUUGUACAUCCAAAUGGUUGGACACCAAAAGAAGACGAAUUCGAUUGGGACGAAUAUUUGAAAGAUACUCAAUCAACUGCUGCAGAAGAAAGAUUAUUCCCAGAAAGACAAAGUGCCAUUAAUGCAGGUUUUGAACGUGGCAUGCGGUUAGAGGCAGUUGAUCCAGAAUGUGAAAAUAUUAUAUGUGCUGCACAUCUCACGAAAAUUGUUGACAAUCUGCUAUGGUUAAAAUUAGAUAAUUAUGAAAAUACACGGCCAGAACAUAUUGUCGAUAUGCAUUCCUUACAAAUAUUUCCUGUCGGAUGGUGUGAAUCUAAUUACUAUCCAUUGAAACCACCGAAAGACUAUACGGAAAUUUGUAAAAAGUUACAAAUGCCUCUGAAAGAAGAGAAGAAGGCCAACAUUCUAGAUAUACCAAUAUCCGAGCCACGUUCUUCAUUGUGGUGUCCAAAGAUAUAUUUUAAUUACCGUUGUUUCACGGGUCCUAUGAUUUCUAAGGGAAAACUAGCAACUUUACCAAAAGCAGUAGGACCUGGUCCCGUAAUUUUAGUUAUGAGAGAAGUUUUAUCAAUGAUCGUAUCUGUAGGAUACAGAAGUGCUCGGAUAUUGAAAGUACUUCAAUGUGAUUCCAAACCAGAUCCUGGAUAUCACUUGGAAGUUUUAAAAGCGAAGCAUAAAAACAAUACAUAUCGCGCGAGUGUUGCUGUUGUUACGUCUGGAGACAUGGUGGCUGACUUUUGUAGAAAUAUCUGCAAAAAGUUAAUGGUAUGUCCAAACUUAUUUGGUCCCCUAUACGUGCCCGAAAAUGAAUGUCCCGAUAAAUGUCACAAAACGUCCAAAGCGAAAUUCACAGCAUCCGUAGGUACUGGACGAAGAGGGAAACCAAAGGGUUACACAAGUAUUAUGGUGCAAAAACCAAAACCAUGGGGUGGCAGGAGAAAAAGGAGACGCGGUAGAUGGGCGAACAGAGAAAAGGAUAACCACGAAGAUUUCGAACAUGAAGACGAAAUACCAUUCAUGUCAUUGGAUUUAGCGAAGCACGUGUCAGGAAUCGAAGAAGCGCUCGAUGGAAGACCGCCACUUUCUGAGAUAGAUAUCAUGAUUCAGAAAGGCUUAGAGAAAGAAGAGAAGUCGGACGAGUUUAAAACUGAGCCACCUUCAAGCAAUGCGUCAGAUGAUUCUGGAAGUUCGUUUAAUGAUAACCGGAAAACAAAAGACGGAGGCAGUCCAAGUAGUUUAAAUAAUAAGCAACACUCGUCUAAAUUUAGUCAAAGUUCCGCUGUUACUAGGGCGAGUAAAAGAGAACGAGACUGGGACACGAGCAUCGAAUCUGAUGGCUCUGAGGGCGAGUCGGAAUAUGUGAAACUGCAGAAAAAACAAAGGCGGCCGAAAACGCGGAAACUUGAUUCGAAUCCAUUGUUUUGGAGCGUAGAUGAUGUAUUCAGAUACUUAAGAAAAACGAACGACUGCAAAGAUAUCGCGUAUAGAGUAAAACAAGAGGAAAUUGACGGUCUGGCGUUUCUACUGUUGAAUUUGCCGUCUCUUACGCAACACAUGAAAUUGCGAACGAGUUUAGCCAUGAAACUAUGUCGCCACGUUGAACAAGUUAAAGUCACGUUCUUUUUGCGACACAUAAAUGAAGUAGAACCAGAACAAUAUCAAAUUGUAUAA